UGAAAAUAUUGCAUUGUCUCGUGUUGCUGCUGGGAACUACAGCAUGAGGAAGUGCCAGUAAUGGGGAAGAUGGCACGAUUACCAGUAUCAGGGCUUAUUUUACACAAUCAGUCUGUAGGAGUUUAGCUGUAACAGAUAGAGAGAGAUUGUUUCUAGUUUAUUAACUUGUAAUUUCAACUCAAAAAGGGAUUUAGAUACGAGACUUUAAAAUAAAGAGAAGUGAAUUAUAAAAGAGAAGUUUGCAGGUGGGAUGAAAACAACACAAAGCAAGACUGUGCAGGAAUAAUAUACAACAGUGUGUGUGUGUAAUACGGUGAUCCCGGAACUGGUUUUCUGUAAAUAGAAAUUUCUUUUCAGAGCUGCGCUCACUGUAAACAGAGAGCAGAGUCAUUCAGGCAUUGAUUUUUUUCAACAUUCAGUAAUGUCUUUUCCUCUUGUUCACCGCAUGGCUGUUCUCAGCUGGGCUCUCGCUACAGCAGUUGACAGCUAUUAUUUAUUUUAUGGCAUGGAUUGCUUUUACCUAGGAUCACCUGAACACACUGAGUUUACUCUAACCCUGAUGUACAACAAGAAAAAACUCGCAACACUCAACAGCACAGAGGGCAGACUGAUUGGCUACAAUGAAAUUGCAGAAAAAUGGACAAAAAUCUUUAACAACGACACACAAUGGUUGAACUUGCAGAUAACUAGGGGAAUAGAGUCCUGUAACAAUUAUGUUAGGCUGUUUGCUGCUGCGGACCACACAGCGAGGCCAAAGGUCAUAGUGAGGUCACUGAGAUCUGCCAGUGGUGACCAGCCGGCAAUGCUGAUGUGCAGCGCUCACGACUUUUACCCCAAACCCAUCAAACUGACCUGGCUGAGGAACGGCAAGAAAGUGACCGGCGACGUGGUUUUCUCUGAGGAACUGUACGAUGGAGACUGGUACUAUCAGAUCCACUCACAGCUGGAGUACAGUCCAGGACCUGCAGAGCAGAUCACCUGUAUGGUGGAACACCUCAGCUUCACCCAACCGGCUCUGUUCCACUGGCAGAAAGAGCCUCUCUCCGAGGCUGAACGGGAUAAAGUAGUGGUUGGAGUAACAGGGCUGCUGAUGGGAGUAAUCAUAGCAACUACUGGUCUCAUCUACUAUAAACGGAAACAAACAGGCUGGACAUCAGUGCAGGUUUUGGAACUCAGAAGCUGAAUGAAGAAACCCCCAGAUCAUGUGAUGUUAAACAAAGAAAAACAAACACUGAUGGACUGAUGAUUUCCAUCACUUUUGGGAACUGAGGAAUAAAACAGUAACUUUUGUUGUUUAGACCAGACAUUAGCAUUAAGCUUAGAUAACUGCGCUCAUGUAUUAAUCUCACAACAUGUUAGUAACACUGCUGGAGUCAUAUUAAAAAUAAAAUUAUUAUACAAUAUGCAGCAAAAUCUGUACAUCUGAGAAAUUCAGAGAAAAAAAAAACAGUUUGGAUGAUACAUCAUGAGAUCAUGAAUGUAAAUGAAUUCAUUACUGCCUCUUAGCUUAUCAUUUGGGGAUCUUUUUUGCAAUGUUUCUUAGUGUGUAUAUGUGUUCUGUAUAUCAAAUAAUUAUG